AUGGACUCUCUUCUACGGCGCAUGUUCAGCUUUGCCUUCUUCACUAUCGGGGCAAUGGCCACGAUCAAGUUCUUUGACCCGCCAUUCCAGUGCCCGAGUGUCAUUGACACUGUCCUUCCGAUUGGGCAGUAUAGCGAGUAUCUCUAUGGGAGGCUUGAAGACCCAAGUGAUCCCGAGAUGCAAACCAUGAAGGAAAUACACAAUACGCUCUCCAAUUGUUCGUCCGUCAAAAGUCUGAAGCUACUUCUCACCAAGCUCCAGGGCGAGUUUGAGCCCGACCGCAAUGACUUUCCCUUCCAGUACCCAUCGGGCUCGCGCUACCCGUCGCAACUAGAAGUCCUCGACUUAGAGGGCUACAGGUUUGACGAAAUGCCGUGGGAAGAGGCGCGCAAAAUGCUGUCAAGCACCGACUCGACCUUCCAUAAGUACCUCGACUGGCUCGGGUCCGGCAAGGCUUGGAGUUGGCUCAAGUGGAUGUGGCUCUCGAAGCAGCAGAAGCAGAUGACGAAUCUCGACUUGUGGCUUGAAGCAAUGGACUUUUCUCGCAUCAAAACACUCGUGCUCAUCCCACCAGAGCCAAGCAUUUUCUCGAGGUCUAAGAGCCAUGCGCCCAACUCUACCCAACUAGCACCACACCUCAAGUCUCUCACAUCUCUGACGGCCCGCGGGCCUUGGACAGGAGACCUUAUCACAGCGCUGCCGGAGAACUCGCUUGCACAUCUGGCAUGGUUGAGCAGCCGGAGACCGUGGCGGUUGGCUGAACCUGUCAUUCGCCAUCACGCAAAGUCACUCACGAGUCUUGAGUGGAGGGUGUCCGAGGCAGAGGCAGAUUGGAGAUCGUCCAUCAACCCGGAGCAGAUCGCAGAGCUAGGGAUCAUGGCUCCAAAUCUGCGUGACAUCACGAUUGACAUGCGGCAGAAUGAUGUCUGGCCUUACAGACACCUAGAAGCCCUCGCCACAAAGUUUCCCAAGCUGGAGAACGCGACCUUAUUCUUCGAUAUGGCAAGCUACUGUCGCAGAGCCAUUGAUGCGCGGAAGAACAGGAUGUUGGGUCGGGAGAGAUGGAAAAUGGAAAUGAGCAGCAACUGCGGCCCGGGUGAGGACGAGUUUGCUCACCCGCGGCUGGAUGUUACGAGCGCACAAGACAUGUUUGAGUUUCUGGUGGAAAGGAAUGAGGUUGGCCAAUUGAGGAAAGUCACCUUUUACUCGGGCGAUUGGGACAGGCCAAGGGAGGAACAUCGAUGGGGGUCGGAGUGGCUGGAUGGGAAGCGCACCUGGGCUAAUUGCUGGAUAUCUGAAGAUCUCGCCGAGGUAAAAGAUGCAGGCAACAAAUAUCGGCAUUCCGAAGAACUGUGGAUGGUGUGCCAGGCAGGGAGUAAGAGACAGUUCCAUGAGAUUGGCUCCCGAAGAACAAUCUGGGAUAACGACGAAUGGUGGUGGGACAGGACGAUGGAACAACGGAUCUGGAAGAUGGAGAUGGGCAAAUCUCCAGCGAACCCAUUCAUUUCACAGUUGUGUGGCUCAAAGACGCGGGGGCGUAUUCCUGAGCCUCCGGGUUUGGCUCAAUAA